AUGCUACGAUUCAGUAGACUUUUUCACACCACUCCUCGAAGAAAUGCUCAGAACUUGACUGAGAAGAUUGUUCAAAAAUAUGCUGUUGGCAUUCCUUCUGGCAAGGAAGUCCGUAUGGGUGACUAUGUUUCAAUUCAACCUGAACACUGUAUGUCUCACGACAAUUCAUGGCCCGUAGCGUUGAAAUUCAUGGGUCUUGGUGCCAAAAAGAUCCACAAUCCUCGUCAAAUCGUUAAUACAUUGGAUCAUGAUAUCCAAAAUCAAGAUGCGAAAAAUCUGACCAAAUAUAAGAACAUCGAAAAUUUUGCCAAAUCUCAAGGUGUCGAUUUUUACCCUGCCGGUAGAGGUAUUGGUCAUCAAAUCAUGGUCGAAGAGGGUUAUGCCUUCCCGCUGACCUUGGCGGUUGCCUCAGAUUCUCACUCUAACACUUACGGUGGUGUCGGUGCGCUAGGUACGCCUCUGGUUCGUACAGAUGCAGCUGCUGUCUGGGCAACUGGUCAAACCUGGUGGCAGAUUCCCCCAGUGGCUCGCGUAGAGCUACGUGGAUCCUUACCACAUGGUAUUUCAGGUAAAGAUGUCAUUGUAGCCCUAUGUGGUGUUUUCAACAACGAUGAAGUUUUGAACCAUGCCAUUGAAUUUGCAGGUGAUAUCUCUGCUCUCUCAGUGGAACACCGUCUAACCAUUGCCAACAUGACUACCGAAUGGGGGGCCCUGUCAGGUCUUUUCCCCGUAGACAAGACCCUUCUACAAUGGUAUAAAGAGAAGCGUCUGCCAAAGAUGCCAAAUGAUCAUCCUCGCAUUAACAGUACGCGACUAGGUCUUCUGGAACGUCAACUGGCGCAGAAUGAUGCGGCGCUACGUCCCGAUAACGACGCACAAUAUGCAAAGAAGCUUGUACUGGACUUAAAUUCAUUGACGCACUACGUGUCAGGUCCUAACAGUGUUAAAGUAUCAGCUCCGGUGCAAGAUUUGGCCGAUGUCAAGGUCAACAAGGCUUAUUUGGUUUCUUGCACCAAUUCGCGUCUCGCAGAUUUAGAGGAUGCCGCUGCUGUGGUAUGCCCCACUGGUGAUUUGAACGAUAUCAGAAAAGUAGCACCUGGCGUUAGCUUUUACGUUGCUGCAGCUUCAUCAGAGGUUGAAGCCGAUGCUAAGGCUACAGGUGCCUGGGAUAAAUUGUUGCGUGCCGGUUGUACAGUUUUACCACCAGGUUGUGGUCCCUGUAUUGGUCUCGGUACAGGUCUGUUAGAACCCGGCGAAGUUGGUAUCAGUGCAACUAACCGUAACUUCAAAGGUCGUAUGGGAUCAAGAGAAGCGUUAGCAUAUCUAGCAUCACCUGCAGUCGUGGCGGCAUCUGCCGUAACUGGUCACAUAGCAUCUCCAGCCGAAGUUAUCGGUCAACCUGAUGCCAAAUUUAGUGGUAUCAAGGCCUCAACUGAUACACAGAGCGAAGAGGCACCUGCAGCCGAAGCAGCUGAUUCCAAUGCUUCCGCAGCUACCGAAUCUGGUACAGAAAUCCUGGAAGGUUUCCCCAGUAAAAUUAGUGGUGAAUUAGUCUUCUGCGACGCCGACAACGUCAACACAGACGGUAUCUACCCAGGUAAAUACACCUACCAGGAUGAUGUACCUCGUGAGACGAUGGCCAAGGUCUGUAUGGAAAACUACGAUUCUGCAUUUGGAGACAUUGCCAAACCAGGAGAUAUCCUUGUAAGUGGGUACAAUUUCGGUACUGGUUCAUCCCGUGAACAAGCUGCUACCGCUUUAUUGGCUAAGGGAAUUCCGCUAGUGGUAAGCGGAUCUUUUGGUAACAUUUUCUUUAGAAACUCCAUUAACAAUGCUCUAUUGACACUCGAAAUUCCAGAACUAAUCUCAUUACUACGUGAAAAGUACUCUAGCGAAGCAGCUAAGCCCACUAGACGUACAAACAUAUUUUUAACAUGGGAUGUAGCUCAUAAGAAAGUUGUGGUCACCGAAGGUUCACCAGAAGGUCCAGUUAUCCUCGAGCAACAGGUUGGUGAACUGGGUAAGAACCUGCAAGAGAUCAUUGUUAGUGGUGGUCUUGAAGGUUGGGUUAUGAGAAAAUUAGGUACACAGUAA